UUUGAUUAUAACAUGUGUCAAUGUCAUGUCAUAUUUAUGUUAGUGUUGUGUUGCCUUUUGAAUAAAAAAGGGAUACAUACCAUUUAGUGAGUAUAAAUGGAUGUUGAUGUUGACGGCUUCCUGAAAGUUUCAUAUAAAAGCAGAAAUUCUAAAAAUAGAACUGGACGGAUCACUCAGACUAAAUGUGAUAUCAAGACGAAUACUUCAUUAAGUUUAUCAUUGGACAAGGAAUAUUUCCUCAAGAAAAUCUGUGAAGCUAAGUCAGAAGUAUUAUCAUCGGAUCUUUUCAAAUCUGUAUGUACAUCUUUGAAAGAGGGACUUUUCAUUUUGAAUGAUUCAGCAAUAGCCGAGAUAGUUUGUCUUGGCCUAGGUAGAAUUGGUGAGUGUGUUACAUCAAGGUAUCAAUUUGCUUUCAUACUUUGUUUGAAAACACUUUUUGAUGUAACUAUUUCUGCAUAUGAUCCGAUAUUUACAAAAAAUGAUAUUGAAUUAUUGGGUUAUUUCAAUGUCACAGUGUUGAAAGAAAACUUGGAGGGUAAACAUAAGACCCUUGGUGAAAAUAAAGUGUUGUUUUUUCUACCUCACUGUCCUAAACAAUUGACUAAUAAUUUGCUUUGGGUUAAUUGGAGCCAUAACUUGAGUUCUUGCAUAAUUAUCGCUAACAGUUUCAAUAAAAUUGUUGGUAAUUGCUCUAGAAGGACUCUAGAGCAAAGUGCUGGGUAUAUUUCUAAAAUCCUACCUUAUGUAUUAGAGUAUCCCAUUAUCAAUAAUUUCAAAUACCACGAUAUAUUCAAUGAUCUUGCCAUUCAUGUAUUUCCAAAACUGAAUGUUGUUUCUCAGGAUUUAUGGAAAAUAAACUCUGAACCAAAGUAUAUCGAGGAUAUAGAAUUUAUUACAAAGAACGACAGCAAAUCUCCAGUUUAAAUUUGUUUUCACAAAAUUUUGAAGCAAUGGCAGGAAAAAUAAAUGUGCUCAGGCAGAUAAUUUCCGAACUACGUAAAAGCUUACCUGAAGGCAGUUUGAAAAACAACUUGGCACUUCAGUACAUAUUGGAACAAUUUCAAAAAUACAAAACUACAGAUCAACAACUAUGUAAGGCUAGAGAAGAAAUGGAAUUUGUAGCAAAAACCUAUUUGUGUUAUUUGAAAAGCUCCCGAUUAGAAGAACAAAUUCAUAAUGAAUAUCACGGGAAAGGAGAAAGAAGUGUUGAUGAAACUGCAAAGAUGGUAGGAUUUAAACUUCCCCAUGAUCCUAAAUGAAAAUUUCAUCUUAGUUCUAAAAGUGUUAGUACUACAAACUUACUUGUAACAUAGUUUUAUUGAUUAUAUUUUGAGAAAAAUGAA